UUUCAGAAUGUUGGGAAAAGCAUUUCGAUCUACCAUUGUGACCUGUACAAAUUCAACAGUUGUGUUGAGGGCCAGUUCGGAGCCAUUUGGGACCGUGGGUCCCUUGUGGCCAUUAACCCCGAAGACAGAGAAAAGGACGCCUCACUCCUUCUGUCUCUGAUGGCCGAAGACUGCAGAUAUUUGUUGUCCACGCUACUCUAUAACCCUGAGCAACACAAAGGUCCUCCGUUCCUGGUCCCCAACGAGCAGAUCCUCGCUCUGUUCGGCAGCAGCUGUGAUGUCCAGCUGCUGGAUUCAGUGGAUGCCCUGGACCAGAGAUGGAGGGAGGCUGGCUUGGAUUUCAUGACUGAAAACACUCAUCUUAUCGCCCCUAAAAUCGAAUAAAAAGGAUUGAAUGUGUUCUUCA